AUGUCUUCCCCAGGAGAAGAAGUUGACAGACAGCUGUGUAGAGAUGCCAUCUUCCCCAUCCCUGUGGCCUGUUAUGCCCCAUGCCCAAAGGACUGUGUGCUCAGCAUGUGGUCUGCGUGGUCCUCCUGCUCACACACCUGCUCGGGGAAAACCACAGAAGGGAAACAGAUACGAGCACGAUCUAUUCUGGCCUAUGCCGGUGAUGAAGGUGGAGUUCACUGUCCAAAUAGCAGUGCUCUACAAGAGGUACGCAGCUGUAAUGAGCAUCCCUGUACUGUGUACCACUGGCAGACUGGCCCCUGGGGCCAGUGCAUCGAGGACACUUCCGUAUCGUCCUUCAACACAACUACAACUUGGAAUGGGGAGGCCUCUUGCUCCGUGGGCAUGCAGACGAGAAAAGUCAUCUGUGUGCGGGUCAAUGUGGGCCAAGUGGGACCAAAAAAGUGUCCUGAAAGCCUUCGACCUGAAACAGUGAGACCCUGUCUGCUUCCUUGUAGGAAGGACUGUAUUGUGACACCAUAUAGUGACUGGACAUCGUGCCCCUCCUCAUGUAAAGAAGGGGACUCCGGAGUCAAGAAGCAGGCUAGGCACCGGGUCAUCAUUCAGCUGCCAGCCAAUGGAGGCAGGGACUGCACGGACCCGCUCUACGAAGAGAGAGCCUGUGAGGCCCCUCAAGUGUGCCAGAGCUACAGGUGGAAGACUCACAAAUGGCGCAGGUGCCAGUUAGUCCCUUGGAGUGUGCAACAGGACAGCCCUGGAGCCCAGGAGGGCUGUGGGCCCGGACGACAGGCAAGAGGUGAGAGGCCCCAUCCCACAGCCGAUCGAUUUGCUUUUCAUUCUUCAACGUCGCUAACUUAACCACUAGCUUAAUGAGUUUGCCACUUUGAUGCUAUGCUUAGCAAACAGAGCAGAUGUCGGUCUCUUACCACCCAUUCUACCUAACACAGGAACAUGGAAAAUCAUCGUUUUAAAUUUGUCCCUUGUUGUUUCACAUUAGACUAUAACUCCUCUGGUUCAAGUUUUCUUUCAUUCCUAUUUAAGAUAAAAUGAGCUCUUGAGAAGCUCAUGACUAUUGUACCCUGCACCUUGUUUGGGAUUUUUUGGUUAGUUUUUGGAUCUUGGUAUUCCAUAACAGUUUGUU